CUCUACAACCGCACCAUGGUCCAGCUGGGCAUCUGCGCCUUCCGCCAGGGCCUGAUCAAGGACGCCCACAACGCCCUCCUGGACAUCCAGAGCUCUGGCCGGGCCAAGGAGCUCCUGGGCCAGGGCCUCCUGCUCAGGAGCCUCCAGGAGAGGAACGCGGAGCAGGAGAAGGUGGAGAAGAGGCGCCAGGUGCCCUUCCACAUGCACGUCAACCUGGAGCUCCUCGAGUGCGUCUACCUGGUGGCCGCCAUGCUGCUGGAGAUCCCCUACAUGGCGGCGCACGAGUUCGACGCCCGCAGGAGGAUGAUCAGCAAGCAGUUCCACCACCAGCUGCGCGUCGGAGAGAGGCAGCCGCUGCUGGGUCCCCCCGAGUCCAUGCGGGAGCACGUGGUGGCCGCCUCCAAGGCCAUGAAGACGGGGGACUGGCGCCGCUGCCAUCGCUUCGUGGUCAACGAGAAAAUGAACGGCAAAGUCUGGGACCUGUUCCCCGAGGCCGACCAGGUGCGGGCCAUGCUCGUCAGGAAGAUCCAGGAGGAGUCGCUCCGCACGUACCUGUUCACCUACAGCAGCGUCUACGACUCCAUCAGCAUGGAGACGCUGGCGGCCAUGUUUGAGCUGGACCUGCCCACGGUGCACGGAAUCAUCAGCAAAAUGAUCAUCAACGAGGAGCUGAUGGCCUCCCUGGACCAGCCCACGGCCACGGUGAUGAUGCACAGGACGGAGCCCACGGCCACGCAGAACCUGGCGCUGCAGUUGGCCGAGAAGUUGGGGAACCUGGUGGAGAACAACGAGCGGGUGCUGGACCAGAGGCAGGGAGCCUACGGGGGCUACUUCAGAGAUCAGAAAGAUGGCGGCUACCGCAAGGGCGACGGGUACCUGAGGCGCGGCGGCUUCCGGCAGGAGCGCGGCAACUACUGAGCCUCACCUGCCCCAUGGAUCCAUUUCCUGCCCAUGGAACCCUCACCUGCCCCACAGAGGCCUUACCUGCCCCAUAAAUCCCUCACCUGCCCCAUGGAUCCCUCCCCUGCCCCAUGGAUUCAUCACCUGCCCCACAGAGGCCUUACCUGCCCCAUAGAUCCCUCACCUGUUCCAUCGAGGGUCCUGCUGCUGGAAAUGAAUAAAUGAAUUAUUCAAUAGUGUGUUAA